AGGUGGGAGAACCAGCAGAACCAGCAGGAACUGAAAGACAACACCUCUAUCCACCUCCUCCUGCUGCUUCUGAGACACAAUGCUGCACACCUCUGCUCUGCUCCUCCUCCUUGCCCUGAGCUCCGCCGCCAGCUUCCAGCUGCCGGAGGAGGCUGCUCCACGUCGGGCUCGCUUCUCCUCCAACAGCCCAUCUGAUGUGGCCAGAUGUUUGAAUGAAGCCUCCACCGUGGGCUGUGGGUUCUACUCCUGCCUUGAGAACUCCACCUGUGACACUGAUGGGAUGCACGACAUCUGUGAGCUGUUCCUCCACUCAGCAGCCAGCUUCAACACAGAGGGUAAAGCCUUUGUGAAGAAGAGUCUGAACUGCAUUUCCCAGGGGAUCUCCACCAAAGUCUUCCAAGCUAUUCGCCACUGUAACAUCUUCCAGAGGAUGAUCGCUGAGGUUCAGGAGGAGUGUUACUCCAGUUUGGACAUUUGUACGGUGGCUCGUACAAACCCCGACGCCAUCGGGGAGGUGUUACAGGUUCCCACCCACUUCCCCAACAGGUACUACAGCACCCUACUGCAGUCCCUGCAGACCUGCGAUGAGCAGACAGUGGCCAUUGUGAGGACCGGCGUCAUGGCCCGUAUGGGGCCCGACAUGGAGACCUUCCUCCAACUCAUCCAGAACAAACCUUGCUCCAGCAGCUCAGACGUUCCCGUCUCCAACACCCCCACCAGUUGGAGGAACAUGCCUGUGUUCAACAUCCAGCCUGGCUUCAGAGGCAGAGACCCCACCCACCUGUUUGCCAGGAAGAGAUCUGUGGACAACCUGCAGGGAGGGGAGACCCAGGCAAAAGCAGACCAGUAGAUCAUCACAUAUCUGAUUAUGUCACAUGCACACUGCCCCGCUGCUGCAGAACGUUAGAUUGUAAUUUGAGAUGAUUAUAUAUUAUCUGAGCCAAUCCACCGGCUUGAUUAUAUGAUUUGAAGUCUAUCUGAACAAAGAACCUUAUUAUUAUUAGGAUUGAUAUUUAUUUUCUUUAUUUAUUAGGCUGUCUGGUAUAUUCAAAUAAGCAGGAGGGGAAAGGAGAAUUAAGAAGAUGCUUCCACGCUGGACGUAGAGCUCUUUGAGACUCCUUUUUGCUGGUCUGAGAUCACUUUAUAAGCUGUUUUCUGUUUGUAAAUGUGGAGAUAGAAAUCUAAAUUUGCUUGGAAGCUGCCUUGGCCCAAUAAACACCCUGAUGUGA